UGUCGGAAUUUUACAACAAAACUCAAAAUCGGUCACUUAAAUGAAUUGUCCUUGGGUUAAAUUUUGCCAAAAGAGAGCGUAUGGUAGAUAACCAACGAUUGAAUGUUCUUGUAAACGGAAAUGAGGUUAAAAAUGGAAAUAACCAUCAAAUUAACAGCUACAAACAAAUUAUAUCAAAAUUCCUUUGAAAUUGCAAAAAUAAUUACACACGUGUCGUAAAUGUGUCCCGGCUAGCAACAUUCCGACAGCUCUGUCGCGUUGCUUUUGUGUCAAUUUCACCAUAAUAUGUGUAUUUCUAGUAGGACUUUCGUCAGUAAUGCCAAAAGUGUAAACGAACAUGUGCAUGUUGGUGCACAUGCCCUGCACAUGCAAAAUAUGUAAUGAUAGUCAAAACGCCUAACGCGGUUACUUUGGCUGUGAGUCGCCAAAAAUAAAUCAAUAAUUAGCUGCAGUACCUAUUCAAAUAUCGGUAUGUGAAAUUUCGUGUGAAUACAUGCAUUAUUAAGAAAAUAGUAAUACAAUGUAAACUGACCAAUUAGGAAUUUUGUUGAGUGUAUAAACAAUAUUGUACUAUAUAUAUACAAUAUGUUAUAAGAAAACACUCGGAUUAAAAUUUGCGUGCAUAAACCUACAGUUGUUUUCAUAUGGAAUAUCAGUUAUUUAUAGUUACAACAUAGGGAUAUAAAUUCUAAAAAAAUAUAUAAGUUCACAAAAACUCUUUACCAGGUAGAAAUAGGUCAAAAUAAACCUAAAAUUUGGAUGUUUCAUACGAAAUGACAGAAUGACGGACAUACGGAAAAGCAGACACUGGUUACGAAAAUAGUAGGAAAUAUCUUUAAGCAAAUAACACUUUCGUGGAGCUCUCUUUUUGUAUCGAAAGGCCUAGAAUAGAAUCAAUCAUGAGCAUAAGUGGCUUAUUAAAAAUGGGAGACUUAAUUUAAAACUACGCACAUGUAGAUGUCGGACCACUGCAUAUAGAAAACAUGGAGAUGUAUGAACAACAUGUUAAUUAUAAAACGAAAUUUCUGUCAAGAUCUUUCUUCAAGAAAUUGAUGCUCGUGGGCCUGUUGUUGUUUGUCUGCGUUUUUUCAUUUUUCUUCUUUGCGAACCUGCUGGCAAAACGUAUUGAGAUACCUAAAGCAAUGAAAGAAACCCGAACGGGUCAACCAAAGAUAUCAAAUGCCACUUCAAAUGUUCAAAGCCAACGCAAGAAAAACUCUAAAUCGAAAUAUAACGGAGCUAGAUACAAAACAGAAGGCAUGUCCAUGAAACAUCUCGAAACAAAAUAUAUUAACAAAUCAAAUAAUCGAUGUAAUAGUGAUAGGAGUCAGAAAGAAACUAAAUAUUACGGGAAGGACUACGGAAGUGACUAUAUCAAAACUAAAUAUAUAAUGCACAAGUUGUGUAAUGAAAAUGGACAAAGACUUUCAAUUAAACAACGCGCAGACCUUGUCAAAGAAAGAUGUCAAACAUUUCUGAAGGAAAACAAUUUACGACUUUAUCCCAGUGUAGAAUAUAGAUUCAAUGGAGAGUUUUGGAGAAGUCGCAGUUAUGACUUAACAAUUUGUUUAAACUGUAAAGUGGCUUCGACGAACACUAGACGCGUGAUUUACGUUCUUGACAACAACUUUACUGGUGAUAUCAACAACCUUACAUUGCCUACAGUGCGUGAAUACGAAAAAAAAUGCAUGGAUAAUUUCCAAAACAUAUUGGCUGAGAAACAUCGUAUGAGAGUAAUGAUGGUAAGAGAACCACUAGAAAGGUUACUAUCUGCAUAUAGAGAUAGACGUGCUUAUGCGAAGCACAUUAUCAAAGACCCUUCGGUUUCAUUUAAAGAAUAUCUGCAACUUAUUUUACAUGAAAAAACUAAAACCAUUAACAGACAUUUAUAUCCGUAUUUUGAAAGGUGUCGGCCGUGUGAAAUGCAGUACGACUUUAUAGUUCUCCACAGCCAUUUUCACGAUGAUAUUAAAACAUUGUUGCAGCUUAUUGGUGCCAGUGGAAAAGCUGAUAUACCAAAACGAAAUGAAACGGGUUACACUUCUGAAUCGAGUGAUAAGCUGUUGAAACUGUAUUUUAGUAAAGUUCCAAAUGACCUGAUACAUAACCUGUGGGAGAAAUAUUACAAAGACUAUUAUAUAUUUGGCUUUCCUUACCCGUCACAUCUGAUGAACUGAACAGGCUAAAUGAUUUUAUUUCUAAACUUCCAAAAGUUGAAGGAAUAUUGCGUAACAGGGGCUGAGAUGUUAUUUGGCCUGUGUUUAGACUUCUAUGUUAUAUAUUAAAGGGAAAUAACUUCAUGUACUCUGGCAAUAUUACGGAAAAAAAAACCAUUAUGUAUGAAAAUCAGAAUAUUUUUACUUUUUAAAAUGAAUAUAUACAUAGAUAUAUGUAGCACUGUCAUAUUCUUAAAAGCACGAUUAGAACUGACAAUAUCUAAAAAGCACGUUUAGGACUUACAUGUUCUUAAAGCUACCGUAUCACUUUAACUAUAUACAGGGGCCGGAGGGUGGGGGUCAAAAUUGUGAAUUGGCCUUGUACAAUUGACAAAGGUAAUCAUUGAAAAAUUAUCAUGUUACAAAUGUUGUCAAGAGAAAAAAUUCUAUCAUUAAUUGAUCUUGACUGUUAUGAAAGGACGUUAUUUCUGUGCCAGCGUAAACAUUUUCAGUCAAUAACAAUGUUUUAAAACAUUCUUUAUGACUAUUUUUGUAAUAUCAGGCACAGGGAUCGGGGAUUUAGUGCGAAAUAUUUUACUCGAGUACUGGUCAGAAAUCCAUGAAACUGUCUUAGAGCAUUUAGUUGAUAAAAAUUCUUAAACACUUUUUCUAAAAUAAAAUGCGUUAAAUAAACCGACAGACAAAAAUAUAGAACCCCAAUUACUGGUUCGAUUUUUCGAAUUUUGAGUAUGGCAAUUUUCUAUCGAGAGGUUAUAUAUCACUUCUACAUUAAUAAGCGGGGACUUUUAACAUCGAUUAUCAUCAGAAUUGCGCAAGAACUGCUCCGAGUAAUGUUUCAAUCAAUUUACAAGAAGGCCAGUGAAUCUAAGUAAACAAAAUACUCUUAUCAUUUUCGUCAUUUUAUGUACCACAAAAAGUAAACUUCAAGACUUCCAAGUAGGAAUCACAGAAAAAACUGUUGUUCAGCUUGAUAUUUGAACGAAGACAAAAUGCAGUAAAAAACAUUGAUGCAUAAAAAUGUACUUAUUGCUUUGUUUCGGCAUAGCCGUAAUUGGAUGAUAUUUACUUUUUGAUUUCCCGCGGUAUGUAAACGAUUUGAAUGCAACUCAAAUUUUCAUAAACCGAAGUUUGUAACCAGUCUCUUGGUAAAAUUUAGUGCUAAUUUGUCAAAUAAACAGGUACGUUUUGUAUACCAAAACUGACAUGGAAUUUGUUUGUUUGUUUCUCCCGAAGCAUAAAACAACAUAAUAACCGAAAA